AUGUCGGUGUUCAGCGGCGAUUUUUUGAGGAAUGUCUCCCCGUUGCAGAAUUUGAUUGCACGAGCUGUGGAUCCAUACAAAAUUGAGCCAGAUUAUGCCGCACACCUUGAGGUGGCGGAAUACAUCAAUAAGAAGAAGGCGAACACACCUCGAGAAGCGGCGAUGUCCAUUGCACGUAUUGUGAAUAAUCGCAACCCCCACAUCUCCUUGCUUGCGCUCGCACUCCUCGAGACGCUUGUCCAGCAAUGCGGUUACGCUUUCCACUUGCAGAUCGCAACGAAGGAAUUCCUCAAUGAGCUCGUGCGUCGCUUCCCCGAGCGCCCACCUCCAUUCCCGGGACCCGUCAUGACGAAGAUCCUUGAGCUCAUUCGGACAUGGUAUACGACAAUAUGCGUGGAGAGCAGGUGGAAGGAGGACCUGGGGAAUAUAAGAGAUAUGCAUCGGCUGUUAACAUUCAAAGGCUACAGGUUCAGGGGUGACGUUGCUCAUACUCAGCCAGCUGUCGCGUCAACAUCGAACCUGAAAUCCGCUGAAGAGCUUGAAGAGGAAGAUCGAGAAGCUCAGCAAGCAAAGCUGCAAGAACUUAUUCGCCGUGGGACGCCCCGCGAUCUCGCAGCCGCUCAGGAGCUCAUGAAAGUGCUUGCUGGUGCAGAGCCUGACAAAAAGCCCGACUAUCGCGCACAAUCGUUAACGGAGCUUAAUAAAUUAGAACAGAAGGUUAUUUUGCUGAACGAAAUGCUUGAUAAUGUCGAUAUUGAACGUGGGGAGCGAUUUGCUAGUGGAGAUGCGUAUGAUCAAGUCAGCAAUAUCCUAUCUGCUGCACGGCCUAGAAUACAAAAAUGGAUAUCGGAUGCGGAGUCUAAUGACCCGGAGAUGCUAGAUAUCUUUUUGCAGUUGAAUGAUCAAAUAAACUCGGUAUUAAAUCGUUACGAGGCCUUCAAGAAAGGUGACUUCACAGCUGCCAAAAAUCCCAUACCUGCGGAGCUCGCAAGGUAA